UCUUGCAGCUGGCUCCAAGUUGAUCAGAGUCCAGCACCCACGGCUGCCUCACUGCAAGGAGAGAUGCGGGAGGGAGUGGAAGCAGAUCCCCCUGAACAGCCUCUUAACAGCUCAAUAGACUUGAAGAGUGGAGGAGAACGAGAUGAUCCAGCUAACGGCAACUUCAGGAAAGCGGCUAUAUCUAAAGGCCGAGCUGUGUUCAGUGCCAUAGUCGGGGUCUUGGUGGUGAUCAUCAUUGCUUUAGCAGCAGCUUUGGGAGUGGAAAAAUGUAAGCACUCUUCUCAAUGCCCCUCUGCUGCCUCCCGGUGUCCGGACGGCUGGAUCGGGAUCCAGGGGAAAUUCUACUAUUUUUCGAAUGUUCCAGGGAAUUGGACCUACAGCCAGAGCUUCUGCUCUUCACACGGUGCCUCCCUGGCCGGGAUUGAGAGUCCGCAGCAGCUG